CGCAGCGGCUCGUUGCGCCCCCCGCAGGCUCCCCGCGGUACGACACCCGGCUGUGAAAACAUCCCGUGCUCUCUGCAGCGGCUGCGGCGGCGUCCAGUCCUGCGGGCGACAGAGAGACGCUGACUCGGGAGGCAGCGUUAGAUAUGGACGAUCGGGCCCGGGGCGAAGAAGCGCGCCGCGGUCACCUAAUGGCGGAGUGAGCGAGGAUGCGACUCCCCAGCUCCAUCUUUGUGUCGGUGUCCCUGUUCACGGCCGAGACCACGGCAGCGCUCUACCUGAGCUCCACGUACCGCUCCGCCGGGGACCAGAUCUGGCAGGGGCUCACGCUCCUCUUCACGCUCGUGCCGUCCGUGCUCGUCCAGCUGACGCUCACCUUCAUCCACCGGGACCUCGGCAGGGACCGGCCGCUCGUCCUGCUGCUGCACAUCCUGCAGCUCGGACCCGUCGUCAGGUGUCUGGAGGCGUUCUGUAUCUAUGGCAGUGUGGGCCGAGUAGAGGAGCCUUAUGUCAGCAUCACCAGGAAGAAGCAGAUGCCCCGCGGGGGUCAGUCCGAGGAGGUGGAGCGGCAGGUGGGGCAGGCGGAGGGGAAACUGUUCACACACCGAGCAGCCUUCGCCCGCACCUCUGUCAUUCAGGCCUUCCUGGGAUCGGCCCCCCAGCUCACCCUGCAGCUCUACAUCUGCGUCCUGCAGCAGGGGGUGUCCAUCGGUCGAGGCACACUGAUGGUCAUCUCCCUCCUGUCCAUUGUGUACGGAGCGCUGCGCUGCAACAUCCUGGCCAUUAAGAUCAAAUAUGACGACUACGAAGUGGACAUCCGGCCCACGGCGUAUCUGUGCAUCUUCCUGUGGAGGAGCUUUGAGAUUGCCACCCGUGUGGUGGUGCUGGUGCUGUUCAGCUCCGUGCUGCAGCUUUGGGUCCUGCCUGUGGUUCUGCUGAACUUCCUGGUGUUCUUCCUGUACCCCUGGAUCCUGUUCUGGCAGAGCUACUCACCGUUCCCCGAGAAUAUAGAAAAAACUCUGACCAGGGUGGGGACCACCAUCGUGCUCUGCUUGCUCACCUUCCUCUACGCCGGCAUCAACAUGUUCUGCUGGUCAGCCGUGCAGGUGAAACUCAAUGACCCGGACCUCAUCAACAAGUCCCAGAACUGGUAUCGCAUGGCCGUCUACUACAUGUUGCGUUUCGUGGAGAACGCCUCACUGCUUCUGCUGUGGUACAUCUAUAAAACGGACUUCUACAAGUUCAUCUGUGCGCCGCUGCUGGUGCUGCAGCUGCUGGUGGCCUACGCCUUGGCCAUCUUCUUCAUGCUGGUUUUCUACCAGUUCUGUCAUCCGUGUCGGAGGCUCUUCUCCUCCAGCAUGACCCAGGGCCUUUGGGACUGCUCCUCUCUUCUGUGCCUGAUGUGCGACUCUGAUUCUCGACACAACAGGUCGACGGGAAAGGGCGUCUCGGAGCCGCCGAGGCCACCUACAGACGGGGAGCCGGCCAACGACGGAGCCCACGAUACAGCCAGCGACCCCACCGAUGACGUUCCCAACGACACGACGUACGACGUGCUCGACGAAUCUACCAUCUAUGACAUUCCCAAUGAAAUGGGCAGUAAUAUAGGAGGUGGAAUCAAUGGCGACAUUGGCCACAGCGUAUCCUGCAAUGCUUAGAGCAUCACAAUGUGUGACGUGCCAUUCAGAGGAACAACUCUGACAGUUAGCCUCUACCCCACCAUACCCUCUGUCACCUUUUAAGUGCCACAUGGAUCCUUCUGUGAGUUGAGUUUACAUCCUUAAAUCCUUCAAAACUUUAUCUCACACAGUAUAUCCAUCGCAACUCGUCUCCACCACAGUCUGUUACGUCUACGCGAAGCAGAUGUGUCCUUAACUCGAGAUCUAUCCUGGCUGCAAACACGCUUUAGUGUUCACUCACGUCGAGGCUGUGCUCACCCUCCUCAGCAGCCAACACCCUAACCUGUCAUCCUGCAGUGCAGCCUGCAAUACAAAUGGAAACCCAUGGACAUUAUUAUUAUUAUUAUUGUAGUUUUGGAGACUAUGUCCACGUAUAUGCUGCGUUACUGAUCACAAGGAGCCAUGCAUUUGAAUUGAUUGUAUUUAGUAUCUCUCUUCGGCAUGGAGGUGUGCAUGUGUGGAGCCUCUGGUUUAACUUACUCUGUGGGUCGGGGGGGGGGGGGGGGGGGGGGGGGGGGGUUGAGGUCUGUUUUGUACAGUUUUUCUUUUCUUUCUCCGAACCUCUAGGGUAGUGUUGCGGCUGUGAGCAAUCAUCUUUUUUUACUAAUUGAUAAGAGCUUUAUCAUAAACAUGUGCUGCUUCCGUGAUGUAGUUGUGCUUGUCGAUGAGACAAGAAUCUCCACACUAUUGUAAAAGAGCCCGUUCGAUCACCUCACAGGUUAGUGUAAAGCACGCACGUCGUUGAAGCGCAACAUUUUUUGCACGUUUACAAAAAAAAGGAUUAAGUGGCUUUGGUUUUCGACCGCUGAGCAGCAACAGCUGUUGUGAUGUGAAAUGCUUUUGUGGCUGUAUUUGCAUUUUAUUUUUUUUUUGUAAUUCACGCUUGUCACGUCUCUCAGCUCUGCGUCUGUAUGUCUCAUGAGUUAGAAUAUUUACACAGAGAGCACACAAACUAAUAUCUAAUUGCAAAAUGUUUGAAAAUGUAACAAGUAUAUUUGCGUUUUUUCCUCAACCUUUAAUGUAUAAUUAACAGUGUGAGAGGGAAUGUCAGUUUUGGUUGUGUUUGCACGCAACAUGUCUGCAGAGGAAUGAUGACCUCGGGAAUCACAUGAAUGCUCCUCUAGUAUUUGUACAAUAAGACAAGAAACCUUUUGAUGCCAAAAAGAAGGAAAACCUAAUGGUACUCAAUAAAUAUUCUCACACAGAGCAAGGUCAAAGGCAUUUUAAAAGAUGAAACCCUCCUUAAAAAAUUAAAUGAAUUUAUAUAUUUAUAUGUGAAA